GGGUCCAAGUGUGGAGUGCUCUCUUUGGCCGGCGCGAUUUGUCGAUCGCCGUCUCCGCCAUAGCCGUUGUGGUUGCGUCACCGCUGAGUGUCGGCGACCUAGAGCAGGGUUUCCACCAUGGCUGUCGGCAAGAACAAGCGAAUCUCCAAGGGAAAGAAGGGAGGGAAAAAGAAGAUCGUCGACCCGUUCAGCAAGAAGGACUGGUAUGAUAUCAAGGCGCCGUCCAUGUUCUCUGUACGUAAUGUUGGCAAGACCCUCGUUACAAGGACGCAAGGAACGAAGAUUGCGUCCGACAGUCUGAAGCAUCGCGUGUUCGAGAUCAGUCUUGCUGAUCUCCAGAAUGACGAAGAUCAGGCCUUCAGGAAGAUGAAGCUCAGGGCCGAGGAUGUUCAGAACAGGAAUGUCCUGACCAACUUCUGGGGAAUGGACCUCACCACCGACAAGUUGAGGUCUCUUGUGAGGAAGUGGCAGAGUCUUAUCGAAGCGCAUGUCGAUGUCAAAACCACGGACAACUACUUGCUCCGCAUGUUUUGCAUUGGCUUCACCAAGAAGAGAUUGAAUCAAGUCAAGAGGACUUGUUAUGCACAGUCUUCUCAGAUUAGGUCAAUUCGCAAGAAAAUGAGGGAGAUCAUGACGAGAGAGGCCCAGAGCUGUGACCUGAAGGAGUUGGUGAACAAAUUCAUUCCAGAAUCGAUCGGCAAGGACAUCGAGAAGGCGUGCACUGGCAUCUACCCCCUCCAGAAUACUAUCAUUCGCAAGGUGAAGAUUUUGAAGGCACCGAAGUUCGACCUGGGCAAGCUAAUGGAUGUACAUGAUGACUACACUGAGGAGACAGGGACGAAGGUGGACAGACCUGUCGUGGGUGAUGAAGCAGAGGGGGAAGCUGAGGCGACGGAGCCUGUUGGUGCUUAGAUGAUGGGAGAAGCGAAGAAGAGAAGAGGGUGAUCGAAUACAGGCAGCGGAAGAAGAGGAUGGGAGAAGCGCUCGGUCUGCUGCUGAUUCAGGUGUGAUAACGAAUUGCAGAACAUGCAAGGUCCUGGCUGGCGGCGGCGGUGAAAUCGGCGGAAUCGAGGUGUGUGCGUGAGUUUUGUUGUUUUAAUUAGGGUUUCCCGAAUGGGGACGAGCGGACAUAUCGAGAAAAACGCAAUGGGGGUAGGAAGGGUACAGGAUGAGAGGAGGGGGGAGGAUGGAAAAGGAGAAAGAGAGAGGAGUCGGAGAGUGACAGGAGAGGCAUUCGAGAAGAACGUGACAGGUGGCAGGAGGACAGCUGUCUAUCGAUGUGGCUUGAAUAGGGUAUCAUGGGGGGAGUUUGAUUGUUGCUUUCAGGAAUCUCGAAUGAUGAGACCCGACGGCGGGGGGACUGGCGUGGAAGUAUCUAUCUAUAACAGACGCCAUUUUUUCGUCCCAUCGUCAAAGACCCAGUUGAGCCUACCUCUCUUAUUUUAAGCGAGAGAGACCUUAUGAAUGAACCAUUCUUUCUCGAUUUACUCUUUGUGAUCGAUUCUUCCUUAUCCACUCUUCUUUUCUCCCUCCUUAUCUUCUCUUAUUUUCUCUCCUUAUCUUGUCUUCUUUUCUCCCUCCUUAUCUACUCUUCUUUUCUCCCUCCUUAUCUACUCUUCUUUUCUCCCUCAUCUACUCUUCUUUUCUCCCUCAUCUACUCUUCUUUUCUCCCUCCUUAUCUACUCUUCUUUUCUCCCUCCUUAUCUACUCUUCUUUUUUCCCUCCUUAUCUACUCUUCUUUUCUCCCUCCCUCAUCUAAUCUUCUUUGAUCGUCCUAUCCUUUCGUUCUCUCCUUGGAUUGUCAUCUGUCGCCGUCUGGCCGUCUCUUGUUGAACAUCGCCUUUUUGCUUUUUUUUUUAAAUUUCUGGCACUCUGUUCCCUUUCAAAGAUGAUGACAAUAUCUUGUGCGCAACUGUCUUCAUGACUCACCACGUUCCUUCGUAGUCCCCGUCCUUGUCUUCAUGUACUUUCUCAAAAUUCUUUUCAGUCUAUUAGUCAUCUCUACCCUUCAUCUUCUCGUCUCAUGUUUCGUCCUUGUCGUCUGCUUUCUGUUACCUUGGGCUAUUGUUCUUGACCUAUGUUGCCAUGUAUCGCGGCCGCUUCUUUCGCUCCUCCCUCCUCCCUCCUCCCUCCUCCCCAAUCUCCUCCAAUACUCUUUGCAUUCACUGCGCCGAUUUUCUCAGGAUUUUCUCUUACACAGUCUGCCCGCUUUUGCACUGUCACUUGGUCCCACUGUCUCGAUUUCGUCAUGCCCCACUCACGAUCGCUUUACUUCUCCGUAUCGCGUCUUCGCACGGUAAAUGCUUCGUACGGUAAAUGCUACGCACGGUAAAUGCUACGCACGG